CCCCUUCCACCUUUCCAUGGCCCCCUAACUACACCCCUCAUUAAUAUUAACCCAUCCUACCUCAUUAUUCAUGAGCAGCUCUCUGCGUAGUCAUGUGCACCGAGGCUGAGAGGGAAAAGAGGGCGUGUCUUACCCAGUGAGCGGGAGAGCGGGAGUCACAACUCCAGCGUGUGGUGUGUGUGUGUGUGUGUGAGUGAGAGAGAGAGGAGAGAGGCACCGGAAGAUGCUGAAACUGCUACUAUUACUACCACCAUCGCUACUAGUGUAUCCAUUACAGUCAGGGCUUCUAUAAGAGCAUUUCUCUAUUACAACCAGCUGGAGCUUUUCUGUGGUUGUCUGUGAACAACUGUGUGGGUUUGUUUACGACUGUGUGUGUAUGAGUGUGUGAUGCCCUGUACAGAGUGACUGAUGAGAACGGGUGCACUGGUCUGGAGGGUGACCCCGUCCGUACAGUUCCACUGCCGCUGCUGUCGCUCGGGGACGAUUGGACGUCCGGCGUUGCCACGACGACUAGAAUGGGCUGCAAUCUGUGCACUUUACAGAAACAAGAGGAACACUAUAAGCUGCUGUAUGAGAUCGCACAGGUGAAUGGGAAGGACCUCUCCAAGGCCAGUCAUGACGAGGCAGUGGAGGCGAUCCGCUCUGUUAAGGACCCCAUUGUGGUGCAGGUGCUCAGGAGGAACCCUGUUGGCCGCGGUGGACAUGUUGGCUCCACUCAGGAAGUGCACGUGGUGGACGUGUGCACGCAGACAGACAUCACCUUCGAACACAUCAUGGCCCUGGCCAAGCUCCGAGCCACCACCCCUCCCGUGCCUGACAUUUGCCCCUUCCUGCUGUCUGACAGUUGUCACUCUCUCCACACUAUGGAACAGGAGUUCUAUGAGGGGACAGACUACCUCUCCACCCUCCCAGACCAACAGAGGACAGAGGAGUUUGAGUACGAGGAGGUGGAGCUGUGUCGACUCAACAGCCAGGAAAAGCUGGGCCUGACGUUGUGCUACAGGACAGAUGAGGAGGAGGACAUGACCAUCUACGUCAGCGAGGUUGGGCCAAACAGCAUCGCUGCAAGGGAUGGCCGCAUCAGAGAAGGAGACCACAUUUUACAGAUCAAUGGUCAGGAUGUGCAGGACAGAAAGGAGGCUGUAGCGGUGCUCUCUAGUGAAGAUACUAGGAAAUUCGUACUGCUGGUCGCCAGGCCCGAGAUACAGCUGGAGGAAGCGUGGUUGGAUGAUGAACCCAGUGAAUUCUUGGAGAGAGAAGAGAUGGAGCUAGAGGCACUUCAGGAGGAACAGGAGAAGGCCAAUGGAGAAGAGGAUGAUAUCACUGCCACCUGUUCCUCCAGAACUCAGGACAGCGGGCUGGGGAUGUCGUUAAGGAACAGCAUCGACGCCCCCGACCACAACGCCCUCCUAACCCACAUCCAACGGAGACUCUCCCAGUGUCUGAGGGACAGACAGGACUGUCCCACACGUCUGGAAGAAGAGGAGGAGGAGGAAGAAGAGGAGGAUGUUGCAGAGGAUGGCGAUCGGUUCCAGCAGCUCCUGGAGCUGAAGUGUCAGAUCCGUAACAGCGGAGAAUAUGACCUGAUCUAUAGCAGACGCAGCACUAUAGAGUGUAGGCUGGGGGAGCCGGCCGGUGGUGUGCAGCGUGAGCUCCACAUGCUCAACGACGAGCUCCGCAGCAUCGAGCUAGAGUGCCAGAACAUCAUGCAGGCACACAAGCUCGGCAAGGGGCCGGUGGGGUCCCAGUGGGACCAGGGGCAGCAAGUGUUUCCCCAAAUUGUCUGCCCCACACCCAAGGACCAAAGCUCCCACCUGGGGUGCAAUGACUCACCUAGAAGAAGCAAGCUGGUGGACAUCAACGAGUGUCCGGAGAAGCCGGAGAAGUCAGACAAGGACAGCUCGAGUGCCUACAACACUGCAGAGAGCUCUCGCAGCACGCCGCUGGCAAUGGACCGCUCCCCUGAGCACUCCCUUCAGAGGAGGAUGGUGACCCUCAGCAACCAGAGGAACCUCCACAGCAGCCUGGCCAGCCUCCACACCACAGCCAGCCCCAGCCCCAGCCCCAAACGCCGGCCUCUCCACUCUGCCCCCAUCCCAGGCAAGGCCAGCAGCCCCGAUCACAGCCUUUACCCCUCAGAGUCGGACAAGGUGGCCCCUGCAGACAACGAAAGGAGUGGGUUUGGGAACUGGAAGGUGAAGCCUCAGCCUCCUCCCAGGGCCUCCCAGAUCCCUUACCUAUCCCCGUCCCAUGACUCCCAGCACCGCCAGCCCAACGUCAACAUCCCAGCCCACGCUCGCCACUACCAGAGCUACAUGCAGCUGAUUCAGCAGCGCUCAGCUGCGGAGUACGCCCAGAGCCAGCUCAGCCUGCUCAGUGGGGUCAAGGAGCCCCAGCUGAGCCCUGCCAUCGAGCCUAAGAUGGAAUGGAAGGUGAAAAUCCGUUCGGACGGCACGCGCUACAUUACCAAGAGACCCAUCAGGGACAAGAUCCUACGGGAACGCGCCCUGAAGAUCAAAGAGGAGCGUAGCGGAGGGAUGACCACGGACGACGAUGCUAUGUCCGAGAUGAAGAUGGGGCGGUACUGGAGUAAAGAGGAGAGGAAGCAGCAUCUGGUCAGGGCUAAAGAACAGCGGAGGAGACGGGAGUUCAUGCAGCGCAGCCGACUGGAGAGCCUGAGGGAGAGUCCUCAGAGCAGCAGUGAAGGACCCAAGGAGGUCAACAUCAUUGAACUGAGCCACAGGAAGAUGAUGAAGAAGUGCAACAAGAAGAUCCUGGACAACUGGAUGACCAUUCAGGAACUGAUGACUCACGGGGCCAAAGCCCCUGAUGACCCCAGGGCCAAAGUACAUAAGGCCUUCCUAUCGGUCACCACUGUAUAAUAUACAACUAACACAUAACAAUCUAUAGUAGUGUUUCUCAACCGCAUUCAUACCAGGAACCAGCAAGCUAUGGCCCUACCCCGGUGAGCAACAUCCCAGGGACCGGUGCUGGUCUCCGGACCGGAAUUUGAGAAACACUGAUCUACAGUACCCCAUGUGGUAUUAUAUACUUGCCUCGUUCAAUGUGGCGUUUUUAUGAGGGCGAUAGGAAUAUUUUUCACAACUUUGUUACCCGAAAAAUAGCAUUUUCUAAAGAAUUUUAUCCAAUGGUUUCCAUGGCAUUAAAAAAAAUCUGUUUUUCAUUAUUUCACUCUGUUCCAGAAACACUUUUGUAUGAGAUUACUGAGCAAUUAUUUUUCUUAGUUCAUCCUGUAAAUGUAAUUACCUGCAUAAUGUUCAAUUAUUUUCAUAUUUCUGUUCUGUUAUGCAGUGAUUCCAACCCACAAAGGUCAGAAUAUUUGUAUGUACUCCCUCAGGGGGAGAGGCGUUCAAUUGAAUGUACAGUACAGAAAUCCUACUUCUUGCAGGUCUAGAUUUGAUAAACCAGCCAUUUGAUUUGUCCUAAAAGGGACACUUCGGGAUUUUGGUAUGAAGGAAGCUAGAGGAAAGUUUCGCAAGCCAAUGCUCACUAGCGUUAGCGCAAUGACUGGAAGUCUAUAGGUGUCAGUUAGCAUGCUAGCAGAUUGGGCUCCCGAGUGGCGCAGCAGUCUAAGGCACUGCAUCUCAUUGCU